AUGGAUGAGUCCUCUGUCAUACAAUUAAUUGAGAAAUUUUACAAUCCAGACGAAAACAGCAGAAUAGAAGCCAUGAAUGCUGUUAUUUCUCUACAGGAGGAUCGCAAUUUUAUUCUAACUUUAAUAAAUAUAAUCUUAAAAAACGAAUCCACAAAGAAUACGCUUGGCUGUAUAAAUCUAUUAAAUACAAAUGAACAUCUUUUUAAUGUUGUUGGUCCAAUUGAAAUACUUGAUUCUUUUUCUGAGUUCAUUGCUCAGUUACAAAAGAAUUCUUCUGCAAUAUUAAACUCCAUUUCAAAAUUGCUUCCAAAAAGUAUCAUAGUUUCCAAAGAUCAUUUAAAUCAUUUUUUCGUUCGUUAUUCAGAUCCUAAUUUUAUCUCUUGGUGCUUAGCUAAUACUAUAGAAAUGGUUAUGCGAAUGGAUGAUAGAGUAGGAAUUGACUAUAUAAUAGAGUCUAUUGACGUUUUUAAUAACAAAUUUCAAGAAACUUUAAAAAUAAUCUUCGAUACAUAUAGUGGUGAUGAAAAGGUAGACGAAGGAAGUGCAACAACUAUUAAACAGAUAAUCGAAGCUUAUGAAAAUUUAUGUUGCAUUUCAGAUUUUGAUUUUUCACAAUCUUUCUCGGAAUUAUACGCAUUUAUAAACAAAAGUCGCAUUUACGAACCAUGGUUCUCUCAAUUUUCCAAAUUUACGAACUCUUUCUCAAACUGUGAAACAAUUUUUAAAUUUUCACUCGAUGUAUUGCUACAAAUUGAUAUCGAAGACAAGAAAUUGAUUGACCAAACAAUAUCUAACCUCGUUAACACAGUAAAGUCAGGAUUACCCUAUUUUGGAGAUGAAAUUCAUGAAAUUAAAACAGAAAUCCUUCAAAAAGCACUAUUUCUAUCUUUUUAUACAGAAUAUGACUAUGACAAGUUAAACAAUGAUCUCAGUUUCUUUUUGCAAACAGAAAUCGAAAAUGAUCCAGAAAAUGAGCCAAUUAUUGAAUCAUGCAUUGCUCUUAUAACUGAGAUGGUCCAGACUCAAGAAGACGUUAAUUCAGUAUUGGAUUUCAUUACAGACGAUGCAAUGAAAUUUAAAUUUGCUAAUGCGUUUGAAAUUGAACAGAUUCCAGAAGAAUUUCAUCAAUUACAACAAGAAAAAAUAUAUUCGAAUGUCUUCAAUGGAUGUUUAAUUCAAUUUUAUGCAAAUAAUUCUUCUAUUGAUAUUUUUGACGCUCUUUGCAUUGAUUUACGCGAAAUAGAUAUAAAUAUACAAAUCAGAUUAAGCGUUUAUAUAUUAAAGGCUUCAGAAAACAAACCAGAAAUUUUACAAAAUUCAAUUUUGAAUUUUGUCGAAAUUUUGUUCGACGACUUGAUUCAAUUAAUAGACAAUAAUAUAAGCGAAGAUGUUGUUUGUUUUAUUAUUGAAAAAUUGAAUAAUUUACUUAAUAAUUUCAAAUUAUAUCCAACUGAAGAAGAAUUUUAUGGAAGAUUGUUAGUUUUGUUACAUAAAAUAAAUUAUCCACAAAUCAUUGAUGAUUUUGCUGAAAUCACAUGUAAAAUAGCAAGAAACGUAACAGAUAUUAAUAUUAAUCCAGGUUUUGUAUUAGAAUUCUUUAAUUUUGUAAAUUCAUUAUUACCAGAAAAUUUCGAGUUCGGAAUGAUUUAUUUAGCAAAUAUUUGUUCAGUCAUAGAAUUCUUCUUUUAUGAAGAAGUUAGAUUAAUUUAUACGAAUACAUUUUGUCCAUUAUUGCAUGAAAACUCUUCUAACAUUUCACAUCUUAUUCAGAUUUGCAGUUUUAAUUCAGAUGUUAACAAUUUGUUUAAUAUAUAUAUAAGUAGUAAUAUUGAUCUUUCCAAGAAUAAUUACUAUGGAAGUGUUGUUUAUCAUUUGUUGAUAAAUAAUGUUAUUGCAUUAGAAGAUGUGAAAAAUAAAUUCAAAGAUAUUAUGAUUCCUUUCAUGCUUGCUUACUUGAUUGGAAGAGAUCAGAUAACAUUUUAUUUAUCAUUAGGCGAUGAUUUCUUGAUUGACGAGAUUCUAAAUACAUUUAGAAAUGGAACGCCUUUCAAAAUCAUUGAUGAAAUGAUUUUCAUCGCUUUCUUAUUCAAAUAUCGGUUUAUAGCUAAAAUUGAUAGCGAGUUGUAUAUGCGUGCAUUUGCAUAUAAUAAUAAGUUUGCGGCUUUGAAGGAAAAUGCAAAUAAUAUACAUUUUGCGUUUCAAAGACUUCAGAAAUUACAUGAUUCUUCAAAUGAUUUAGAAAAAAAUAAAUGGAGCAGCUCUUACUUUGCGCGAAAUGAUCUCCCUGUUGCAGAUUUCAUUUACAGAUAUCUCAAGGAGAAAAUGCAUAAAUUCUACCAUGACAGGCUACAACAGUUAAAAAUAGCCUUAGAUCUUCCAGAUAUAUUGAUGGGUUAUCAAUGA